CGGAUGGAGGGGAGCGCGCGUGCGCGCGCCCGUCCGUCCGCCCGUCGCCGCGGUGACCGUCCUCGCGGCCGGUUGGCUCGCGCCCCGCCUCCAUCCCCGCCGCCCCCUCCCCUGGCGCGCGCCGUGGGGGGUGCUGCUCGCUCCUCCCGAUUCCCGCCGCGGUCGCCGCCGCUGCUCCUCCUCUCCCGGGCGUCGCGGCCGCUGCCUCUGCGGGCUGUAUGAGGAGGAGUAGGAGGAGGAGGAGGAGGAAGAGGAGGAUGUGAAGAUGGCGGAGUUGCAGAUGCUGCUGGAAGAGGAAAUCCCGGGGGGCCGCCGGGCUCUCUUCGACAGCUACACGAAUCUGGAGCGGGUGGCCGACUAUUGCGAGAACAACUACAUCCAGUCACCAGAUAAGCAGCGAGCCCUAGAAGAAACCAAAGCCUACACCACUCAAUCCUUAGCAAGUGUUGCGUAUCUGAUAAACACCUUGGCCAACAAUGUCCUACAGAUGCUGGAUAUCCAGGCAUCGCAGUUACGGAGGAUGGAGUCUUCAAUCAAUCAUAUUUCACAAACAGUUGAUAUUCAUAAAGAGAAAGUUGCAAGAAGAGAAAUUGGUAUUUUGACCACCAAUAAAAACACUUCAAGGACCCAUAAGAUUAUUGCACCAGCCAACCUUGAGCGGCCAGUUCGUUAUAUUCGAAAACCUAUUGAUUACACAAUCUUAGAUGACAUUGGACAUGGUGUAAAGGUGAGUACCCAGAAUAUGAAAAUGGGUGGACUGCCUCGCACAACACCUCCAACUCAGAAGCCCCCAAGUCCUCCUAUGUCAGGGAAGGGGACACUUGGGCGGCACUCCCCCUAUCGAACACUGGAGCCAGUGCGUCCUCCAGUGGUGCCAAAUGAUUACGUACCUAGCCCAACCCGUAAUAUGGCUCCCUCGCAGCAGAGCCCUGUGAGGACAGCUUCUGUGAAUCAAAGAAAUCGAACUUACAGCAGCAGUGGGAGCAGUGGAGGAAGCCACCCAAGUAGUCGGAGCAGCAGUCGGGAGAACAGCGGAAGUGGGAGUGUGGGGGUUCCCAUUGCUGUUCCUACUCCAUCUCCUCCCAGCGUCUUUCCAGGUCAUCCUGUUCAGUUCUACAGCAUGAAUAGGCCUGCCUCUCGCCAUACACCACCCACAAUAGGGGGCUCAUUGCCCUAUAGACGCCCUCCUUCCAUAACUUCACAAACAAGCCUUCAGAAUCAGAUGAAUGGAGGUCCUUUUUAUAACCAGAAUCCAGUAUCUCUUGCUCCUCCUCCUCCUUCCAUCCUACAGGUAACUCCUCAGUUACCUUUAAUGGGAUUUGUGGCCAGAGUCCAAGAAAAUAUUUCAGACACACCACCUCCACCACCUCCUGUGGAAGAGCCAGUCUUUGAUGAAUCCCCCCCUCCACCUCCUCCUCCAGAAGAUUAUGAAGAGGAGGAAGCAGCUGUGGUUGAGUACAGCGAUCCUUACGCUGAAGAAGACCCACCAUGGGCACCACGGUCUUACUUGGAAAAGGUUGUGGCAAUUUAUGAUUAUACAAAAGACAAGGAAGAUGAGCUGUCCUUUCAGGAAGGAGCCAUUAUCUAUGUUAUCAAGAAGAAUGACGACGGUUGGUAUGAGGGAGUUAUGAAUGGUGUGACUGGCCUCUUCCCUGGGAACUAUGUUGAGUCCAUCAUGCAUUAUUCGGAGUAGAGCCCGGCACAGCAGUGCUUCUGUCUUAGGAGGUCAGGUUUUCCCAGAUUAGCCAGAGGCCCUGGGACUUUCCUCCCAGUGAGAUGAAUGAAGCAUACAGUUGAUAACCUUAGUCCUUUAUUACCGUUUUGGUUUAUCCCCUAGUAUCAGAAACUGAAAGCCAAGUCUGAACAAGUGGAUCUUCUUGCUGUCAAUUGCAAUAUGCUAUCUAGAUUGAAAAUGUGACCAUUUCUCAGUCAUGAAAAGCAUACCAAUAUGAACAAAUAGCUAAGACACAUAAGACCAAGACUGACUUGAGAAAAAAUAUCUGGGAUCUUUCUCAGGAAUACUGUAUACCCUUGGAUCUCUCUUCCUGCAGAAUCUGUGACAUUGGACACUCACUGCCUCUGCCUUGGGGCUAACCUUGGGGCCUGGUGGACACCCUUGCCCUUUACUUUCAGUAUAUGGAGAAGGAGGAACCAGUGUUUAAAUACUUUAUUUAACUAGUUUUCGAUUCCUUAAAAAGGCUGUUUUCUUCUUUAACACUGUAAAUCCUGUGUUCUCCUAGCACUGGAGUGCGCUAGGUCUGUUAAUCCUCAACUCCCUUGCAUCCUGUCCUGUUUGUAGAUUAUAAGGAUGACAAAAUGUGAAAGUCUCCAAACAUUCCCAGGGUUGUUAACAGUUUGAUUUUAAUGUACUGCUGCAUGAGACUGCAUUGCUGAUAGCAGCCAGUAAAACCGAUGUGAAAUGUGGUGUAGGUGCUUCAUGUACUGAGGUGAGCUUGUUGGACACGAAGGCUCCUAAGGAUCUCCAGCCUUAGGUGCUGUUUCAGAGUGGGGCCUAGGAAGUCAGACCAGCUAUUACUGUUCUUUUGAUAUUCAAAAACAUCCCCCUUCCCCCUCUUUUUUUUUUUUUUUUUUUUUUUUUUUUUAAGCAGAGACUAGUUGUCAAGUCUCUUGACAGUCACUGGACUGAGAAUGAAAGGCUGCUACUGUGCUCUUGGACCAUUAUCAAUGGCAGUGUUAGCUGAUGCCACGUCAUUUUUAUUCUCUCAGCUAUGGAAAAAUAAGUAUUCUCCUGAUUUGAAGUGAUUAGACUCUAAAGUAGCACUCCUAGUAAUAGUCUGAACCUUGUGAUUCAGAGUAAAGAGUGUGCUGGAAAAGACUAAUAGGGUAAAAUACUUCCCCAAUCACACUGAAGAAAAUCAGUAUGUGUUUGAAAUGAUUGGCAUCUCCCUCAUCUACUGAAAAGGAAGAGGAGGUAAAGCUUUUGUAAUCCAGAUGUAGGCCUUCCUCGCACAUGCUGCCUAGUGAUGCUAGAGCAAGUGCUGUAGAUGUGAAGAGAAACAGACUGUAAGGCACUAACACUCCACUGGUUGAUCUGUUGUCCACACCUGUGGCUUCACUGUGCAACUCGGAUGCAAACAGUGUCCUUCUCAAGACCUUUUUGCUUUAAGGUUGCAGGGUAUUGUUGGCUUUAGACAUGGUGUUCCUCCUGCUCUAGCCUCUCAAAUACUAGGAUUAUAAGCAGGAGCCACUACAACUGAAGCAGCAGGCUUUUUUUUUUUUUGGUAUUAAUUUUAUUUUCAAACUACAUUGCACAUCAGCUAUUACACUUAGAGAUUUUUUUUUCCUGAAUGCUUUGGAUCCUUUAACUUCUGGUACACUUUUCACUUCCUGGUUUUGUUAGGUCAUCUUGACUGUCUUCAGGAUAUGUGCCUGAAGCCUUAACUCCAUUAUGGACCCAAACAAGACUAUAUAUGAACGUUUAACUCUGAUUGUAUUGGUACAUGGAAACUUUUGAAAAUAGUUGCACUAAUUAUUUAUUUAAGUAGCCUUUUUCUGAACAAGCUUAGUGGAUUAAUAAGACAUCUGGAAACCCAGCAAACAACUAGCUUUUGUAGUCAUAGAAACAACUGGUGGUAGGCACCAGGAAUACAGCUUACCUUUUGGACCCCUGCUCAAUUGGGGUUUGCAGAAAACACUUGUGAAAUCCUUUGUGCUGAAGACUUGCACUGGGGGUUAAUCCAUGGGACAGAUGACUCCCCCCUUGUAUUAUUGAGUACUGGUAUGCUUUUACAAACAAAACACAAAAUACUGGCUGUUGGCCUUUUCUCCCAAUCUUAAAUUUUUGUGACUUUUAAUCCUAUGAAUUGUCUUGGAAGGAUACUCUGUAACAACGAGCCAGGCCCACAGUAAUUGGAGACUUUUAAUGUAUGUAAUAUUUUAUAGAUUGCAUGCUGUUAAUAUUGUGAGGUUAUUUCCUGUUUUAUUGUAAAUUUUCCCAUUUAUUUGCCCAUAAACUAAAAUAUGGUUGAUAUUAGGAAUUUUAAACAAAUGUUGAAACUUUGCUGACCAGAAUGCAACCACUUUACCAAGACACAGGUACUGAGGACUCUGGUCUAUCCUGAAAUGUCUGAUUCUGUGCACAGUUCCUUUACCCUUUAAAAAAAAAAAAAGAAAAGAAAAGAAAAGAAAAAAGAAAAAAAAGGAAAAAAAAAGACUGGACAUGUCUCUCUCUCUCUCUCUUUUUUUCUUUUAAUAUUUAAAGGUUCAAGGAUCUGAGUGAGCAUACAUUCUUGUGUUUGAUCUUAUAGCCAAGGCAAAUUAGAAGCAAAAAUAGUGCCAAUAUUUUGAAAUCUAGACCCAAGAUUUCAGCCUGCUGUGUUUGGAAUAAAUAUGAACUUUUCGGGACAUCUCCUACAAAUAUUUGCCUUUUGGCUUCUUCUGUCUUCCUGAGAGGUGCUUGCUGCCUGCCCUCAUCUAGGGAUUAGCGCAGGGCUGCUGAGUUUGCUAUUCUUAAGUCACUGGGUGACGAUUUUAUCCCCUCCUUUCCUUACCAGUACUACUGCUGUUUAUAUUGCCUGGCUAGAGACUGGUUUGUGCAUCUUUACAAGUGAUGUCUACCAUGUAGUUGCCUCAUUAACAGUCUUAUGUUGAUUAAAGAUGAUUCUUAGGUGUGGGACAUCAAAACGAUAGCUUGCUUUUAUCUUUCAGUUCUCAUUUUCUUUUAAGGUCAUCUUUCUGCAGUACAACUUGUUUUACUCCUUUCUCCUUAUGGAGAGAGAGAACAUGGUUAGUCCUGAAGGCCACCUUACUCCUAAAAAGGGCUUUGGUGGAAGAAAUGGCAGUUAGACUACCAAAUCUUUGAUAUGAAUGGGAGCUGUUUAUGUCUGAAUAGCUUUGGCCAGGAGCUUCUCUAGAAGGUGACAUUUCCCUAACAGCAUUUACUUGGAAUCAGAGUUGUUGAACUAAUAAGCUUUAACAGUGUUUGUCGGGGCUCACUUUAAUGAUGGGGUUAGAUGCUUUGUUUUAGAUAAACAGCUAGUUAGUUCUUGACUCAUUGCUUGGUUCUCUUUCCACUGUACCAACUGUUGUAACUAAACAUGCUGUACUUUUCUUUAGAAAUAGAGUUCUACCUGUUUUCAGGAUUAUACUUGAAAAAAUAUGCCAUGUGUUGAUAAAUAACCAUCAAAGUAUUCAGAUUGCUUAGAGGAAUUCAAGUGCAACCUGAGUGGAAAUAAUCAUCCACCCCUUCUAAAACUUAAUUCAUAAAGCUGUGUGUAGCAAGAAUGCAUUGCAUUAGUUCUGUGCUGGCAGGAACAGAGGGAGCACAAUAAAGCACACAGCCUUACUUAGGAGAGCCUUACAGAGUUACUAAAUGGAGGCACUGAGCUGGCUAUCUAAAUAUACUUUAUGCUCUUUGUUUUAUUGAGAAUCUCGUUUAAAAAAAAAAAGCAAAAACAAAUGAAAUGACAGGGCCUAGCUGUGUAAAUGACCUUGCUAAAUAUGUUAAUUUUUUGUAAAAAAAAAAAAAAGCUUAUUUUCACAUUAAACUGAAGCCUCUUUUGCAAGUUCAGAAAUCUAUGGAAAAGCAGUUUUUAAUCAUAUUUUAUGUCCAUGUACCUUUUUUUCUUAAUAAAAUGGUUUACAAAAAGAAUGUAAACAAUUUAUGAUCUGAAGUUACACUAAUACACUAAGAGUUCCCAGAGAGUUGGUGGUACCGAGUGAAAAACCAUUCAGGCAACCUGAGCAGACAGCUGUUGCCAGUGACAUUCCUUCUGUGCGCCAUUAAGCACCUCCAGAUGAAUGAGGGACAUUCACUUAAUUUUUAAAUUGUAUUUGGAAUAAUUACUGCUGUGUACUAAGAACUUGACCCAAAUAAAAAUACACGAAGUA